AUGAAUGAACUUGAUAGUGGAGAUGUAGCAAAUAAAUUUAGUGAUUUUUAUGAAUUUGAGUAAUUUUUGGGUUCAGGUGGAUUUGGUAAAGUAGUAUAGGCAAAGAAUAUAAAAGGUGAAAGAGUAGCAGUAAAAAUAGUGCCAAAAAGGGAAUGUAGAAAAAGUUAUUCUGAAAUAUUAGCAGAAGCUAGUAUUUUAAGUGAAAUGAAGCAUGGGAAUAUAGUUUAGUUUAAGAGAGUACAUGAGACAGAUACAAGAUUGUUGAUAGAGAUGGCUUUAGUGAAAUAUGGUCAAUUAAAAAGGUUAUUUACAGAUAAACUUGAAUUGAGUUAUGAAUAGAAGAGAUAAUUAAUGGAAACACUAUUCAAGACAGUAGCAUUUAUACAUGAGAGAGGUGUAGUUCAUAGAGACAUUAAACCUGAGGUGAGGAUUGUAUGUAUACUAGAGAACCUUUUGUUGGAAGAUCCUAACGAUAUGACAACUUUGAAAAUAGUGGAUUUUGGAUUGUCUACAAGAUCUUAGCUUCUCAUUAGUGGUUAAUGUGGUACAUUAAUUUAUAUGGCUCCAGAAUUCUUUACAAAUAAACAUUAUUCUAAAGUAAUAGUAAUUUGAAUCAAUAAAUAGCCAGUCGAUAUUUGGAGUUGUGGAAUUAUAUUAUAUAUGGUAUGUACAGGUGGAAAACAUCCAUUAUAUGUAUAAGGAUAAACAGCUGAUGAAUAUAGACAAAAACUUUAUGAACAUUUAUAAGAUCCAUAAUGGUAUUUCCCUGAUGGUUUUGAUUAAUUAGCUAAGAAUCUUUUCUUGAAAUGUGUGGCAGAAGAUCCUAUGCACAGAUAUAAUGCACAUUAAAUUUUACAUCAUCCAUGGAUUACAGGUAAGAUUAAUGAUCCAAUACCACUCUCUCUACCUGAAAUGUAUAAGUCUUUUUCUAUGAGAGAGAGAGUUACCAGAAUCAUUAAAGCUUUAAUGGUAAUUAGAAUGAUGUCUAAAGAUUAUUGGAGAUGUGUUAAUACUUAAAAAAUUGAUACAACUUAUUUAGAAUAAGUAUAUAUUUAUAUUAUUAUUUAUAAUAGUGUAAUAAAAUAUCAUAUGCUCAUUAAUAAUAAUAAUAAUCAUAAAGUCUAUUAGAUAAAUCUUAUGUUAAAGAAAUGAUGGCUGAACAUGCAUAAAUUAAAUCAAGAUAACAUAAUCAUAAUCACAGAGUUGAAACACCUAAAUAUUAAAGCAUACUUAAAAGAUUAAUUGAUCCAUCUCGAAAUUAACAUGAUUCUUAUAUCGAUUAACCUUGCAAUAGUUAAAUUGUAGAUGAAAAUAUCCUUAAUUAAUAUAAUUCUAUUAAUAAUAAUUAAUAAACUGAAGGCUCUUAACGAUCUGUUUCCUAAUAAAGCAUUUAAGAUGUUUAAGAUUAUACUGAAUCUAAUAGCGGAAAACUUAUUAUUAUUAAAAGAAAUAAUCAAAAUAAAAAAAAAACCAAAAAGAUAGUUUAAUUUAUUACUACUAAAAAAUAAAAUAAUAGUUCAGUUGAUUUAUAACAGAGAUCUAGAUCUACUACUGCUAAUAAUCCUAAAUAAUUAAUUAAUCAUCCUACUGAGAAUAAAUAAUUUGAAUCUCCUAAGAAAAUUUAACUUGCAUCUCUAACUUAAUUUUAGUAAUAGUAAUAAUCUCAACCACAUCUCAUCUAACCAUAGUAAUCCAUACCAUUUUUAAAUACUGCUUCAUAAUUUAAUAUUUUAAGACCACUUCCUUCUAAUUAAUCACCUGUUCAUAGACUUAGUAGUCAUAAUGGUGGUAAUACCCCUAUUAUUAACAAUAUUUUGAAUACAGAACAAUAAUAAUAACACUAAAAUCACACUCCAGUUUAUGGUUAUAUUAGAAAAACAAGUGUGAUAUCAUAAGAUACAAAAGUAAUUGAACCUCCAAGUAUCUAUUUUUAUAUUAUAUUUUGCUAUUUUAGGAAAAAGGAGCAAUACUUCUACUCGAAAACUAAGUGUUGUAGAAUUAGAUUGUCAUGAU